UUGUAAUUUAAUUUCUUUUGGUGGUAACAUAAAUUGCAGCCGUUCGUCUAAAACCCUAAACCCUCUCUUCCUACAGAAAUGGGGAAGAAGAAGAAGAGAGCCGAACGAGAAGCAGAAUCGGAACUCCUGAAUACAGAGACCAUCAAUGAGCAAAAUGAUCUUCAUCUCGUGAAUGGGGAUUCGAAGAAGAUAAAGAAGAAGAAAACCAAAGAGGUGAAGGAAGAAAGUGUGUUAAAGGAAAAACCCACGGUUUCCAUAGCACUCGCGGGAUCUAUCAUUGACAACACUCAGUCACUCGAACUCGCAACACGGUUGGCUGGCCAGAUUGCUCGUGCUUCCACCAUUUUUCGGAUAGAUGAGGUUGUUGUAUUUGACAACAUAGGUAGUUCAGUGGACUGUUCAGAUCCAACGAUGGAGGAUGGGUCACAUGAUGAUGAAAGUGGUGCUGCAUUUCUUUUCAGGAUUUUGAAAUAUAUGGAGACACCUCAAUAUCUUCGGAAGAGUCUUUUCCCCAUGCACAACAACUUAAGAUAUGUGGGUUCGUUGCCACCACUUGAUGCCCCACAUCAUUUGCGGAAGCAUGAAUGGGCUCCCUAUCGAGAAGGUGUCACACUAAAGGAUCGAAAUUCAACAUCUGGGGGAACACUUGUCGAUGUUGGGCUUAGUAAGCCUGUUGCAGUUGAUCAAGUCAUUGCCCCAGGAAUAAGGGUAACAGUAUCCAUGGGAGCAGAGAGAAACUUGGACUCAGGCAUACCACAUCAGGUUGUCUCUUCUUCAACACCUAUGGAGGAUGCAGGGAUGUAUUGGGGAUAUAAAGUACGAUAUGCUCCAAAUAUCAGUUCUGUAUUCAAGAAUUGCCCAUACAAGGGAGGGUAUGAUCACUUGAUUGGUACCUCCGAGCAUGGCCUUGUAAUGAAGUCCUCAGAUUUGAUUCUCCCAUCAUUCAGGCACCUGCUAAUUGCUUUUGGUGGACUGGCGGGGUUGGAAGAGUGUAUAGAAGAAGACAAUAACUUAAAGGGGAAAAGUGCUAAGGAGGUAUUUGAUUUAUAUUUGAAUACAUGUCCACAUCAAGGAAGCAGGACAAUUCGAACGGAGGAAGCCCUCUUGAUUUGUCUGCAAUACUUACAAGAGCCAGUCAACAAUGUUCUGCAGAAGAUUUAGUACCUCUGACAUUACCAAUCGUCUGAAGAAGCCUGGAUACACAAGUCUAUCUGUAUGGCCUCUCCUAUGCUCAGAUAUUGAAGAUAUUUCUAAGCAAGGAAAUCACAAGUUAUUGCAGUUAGUGGUGGCUCCUCCUGGUUUUUAGGGAACUCGAGGUGCUUGUACCAUGAGCUGAAUUGACCAGACUGUAUGUACUCCAUUUUUUGACACAAAUGGUAGGUGAACAUGAAUUGAACUUUGGAGUUCGGUACGCUGGAUUUCAGUUGAACUGGUUGACCUCUUUUUAUUGAGUUCCAUUCUAUAGUUCAUGUAAACAUAAAAUGAUGGGAAUUUUAAUUCAACGGGAAUUAUAUAAAUAUUCUGCUGUUGAUAUAUCA